GCAACUCCAGUUUCCCAUGGAGAGCUACCAUAUUUUCAAACUUCUGCUCUUCAUGGCUGCUUGAGCUUAUCCACAACAACCUUACACAAAACCUAAUCACCAUUUUAAAAUUCUCUCUCUCUCUCUUUUCUGAGGUGAAGAGAGAUGGCUGAUACAAACACAGAGAGAGAUGUCAAUCCAAGAAGCCAACCUGCAGAGAAAACACUUGCAGAUUUUGAUCCACCAGAGAAGCCCAAGAGAAACAAGUUUGCUCUUGCUUGUGCAAUCUUGGCUUCCAUGACCUCUACCUUACUUGGCUAUGACAUUGGAGUGAUGAGUGGAGCUUCUAUCUACAUCAAGGAUGAACUGAAAAUCUCAGAUGUUCAAGUAGAACUCCUGGCAGGCUUGAUUAAUAUAUACUCACUUGUGGGUUCAGCCGCAGCUGGCAGGACCUCCGACUGGAUAGGCCGCCGGUACACCAUCGUGGUUGCUGGAGCUAUUUUCUUCGUCGGAGCUCUCCUAAUGGGAUUCGCCACCAACUUUUCCUUCCUCAUGGUUGGCCGGUUCGUAGCAGGAGUUGGAGUGGGAUAUGCACUCAUGAUUGCUCCGGUGUACACUGCAGAGGUCUCUCCGGCGUCGUCUCGUGGGUUCCUCACCUCAUUCCCAGAAGUUUUUAUCAACACGGGCGUUUUGCUUGGCUACGUCUCAAAUUUUGCAUUCUCCAAGCUCCCAAAAAACUUGGGGUGGAGAUUCAUGCUUGGAAUCGGCGCAAUCCCUUCAGUUCUCCUUGCUUUAAUGGUCCUACUCAUGCCCGAGUCACCGCGUUGGCUCGUUCUCCAGGGUCGACUAGGAGACGCCAAGCGAGUUCUGGACAAGACCUCUGAUUCUAAAAAAGAAGCUCAAGAAAGACUAGCAGAUAUAAAAUCGGCAGCAGGAAUUCCACUAGACUGCAACGACGACAUCGUUCAAGUAGAAAAGAAAUCCCACGGCGAAGGUGUAUGGCGAGAAUUACUCCUUCAUCCUACACCGUCCGUUCGUCAUAUCUUCGUUUGCGUAAUCGGCAUCCAUUUCUUCCAGCAAGCAUCUGGUAUAGACGCUGUUGUAUUAUACAGCCCAAGAAUUUUUGAAAAAGCUGGAAUAACAUCAGACAACGACAAAUUACUCGCUACGGUAGCCGUAGGAUUCGCGAAGACAAUCUUCAUCUUAGUGGCGACAUUUUUGCUUGACAGGAUCGGACGGAGACCAUUACUUCUAAGUAGCGUAGGAGGGAUGAUAUUUUCAUUAGCAGCCCUUGGAUUUACAUUGACUCUAAUAGAUCAUACGAAGGAGAAGCUAACGUGGGCCGUAGCACUAAGCAUAGCAAUGGUACUGUGCUUUGUGGGGUCCUUCUCAAUAGGAAUGGGACCCAUAGCGUGGGUAUACAGCACUGAGAUACUACCGUUGAGGCUACGCGCGCAGGGAGCGAGUAUGGGAGUGGCAAUGAAUAGGCUAAUGAGUGGGCUGAUAUCUACGACAUUUAUAUCGUUGUACAAAGCAAUCACAAUAGGUGGGGCCUUCUUCUUGUUUGCGGCAAUUGCGUCGGUGGCUUGGAUCUUCUUCUUCACAUGUUUGCCGGAGACUCAGGGGAGGACGUUGGAGGAGAUGGAGGGGCUUUUUGGUAAUUUCAUAAAGUGGAGGUCUGUUUUGAAGGAGAAGAAAUUGAAGCAGCAGCAGCAGCAGCAGCAGCAGGAGGUGGAGGAAGGGAAUGAUGGGAAGAGUAGGGCAGAUGAAAAUUGAAGGGUAGGGGUCUUUAGGGAAAUACAAGUUGUAGAAAGUGAAGACUUCUCCAAUUAUUAGGGAGAAAGAUGUUGUGUGGUGCUAAAUAAUUGUACUUUUUAGCAUGGAAACAAGUAGCAUUUUGAGGUUUGUGGAUAAAGAUUUUCUGCUUUUAUUUGGUAAUAAUAAUACUUAUUAUUAUUAUAGAUGUCA